UGGGGCACAUAUAGCGCUGUAGAAGAAGAAGGAUCGCUAUUCGCGAAAAGCCUAAAACGGAUCCCAGUAAAGUCAGUAGGAGCGUAGAAGAGCACAUUCGUGUACACAAGCGAACCAUGAAGAACGAAGGCAUAGAGGGGACGGAGCGGUUCCUUAGCCUGGACAGGGGCCGGGGUCUCCGUGCGUUGAGGCACUUCGCGGUGGGGGAGCUGGUGUUCGCCUGCCCAGCUUACUCGUACGUGCUGACCGAGACCGAGAGAGGAGCGCACUGCGACCACUGUUUCACCAGGAAAGAAGACCUUUUUAAAUGUGGGAAAUGUAAACAGGCCUACUAUUGCAACAUUGACUGUCAGAGAGGGGAUUGGCCCAUGCAUAAGCUGGAGUGUGUUGCCAUGUGUUCCUACGGAGAAAAUUGGUGUCCCUCAGAGACUGUCAGAUUGGUAGCCAGAAUCAUCAUGAAACAGAAAGUCACAACAGAGCGCACGCCGUCAGAAAGACUACUAAUGCUCAAAGAGUUUGAAGCACAUUUAGACAAAAUGGACAGCCAGAAGGACGAAAUAAACCAGACAGACAUUGCUGCUCUGCACCACUUCUACACCAAACACAUCAGCAACAUCCCGGAUGACCAGGCUCUCACUGAGCUCUUUGCACAGGUUAAUUGCAAUGGUUUCACAAUAGAGGAUGAGGAACUCUCACAUUUGGGAUCAGCAGUUUUUCCUGAUGUAGCACUGAUGAACCAUAGCUGCAGUCCAAAUGUCAUUGUGACCUACAAAGGCACAGUCGCAGAAGUAAGAGCAGUGAAGGAAAUCAGCCCUGGAGAGGAGGUCUUUAACAGUUACAUUGACUUGCUCUACCCCACAGAGGACCGCAAAGAACGGUUGUUAGAUUCCUACUUUUUCACUUGCCAGUGUACAGAGUGCACCACCAAGUCAAAGGACAAAGAAAAGAUGGAAAUCCGGAACCUGAGCUCCAGAGGACCUGAGCCAGAGGAAAUCCUAGCUAUGGUUCGAUAUGCCAAGAAUGUAAUUGAGGAAUUCAGAAGAGCUAAACAUUACAAGAGCCCGAGCGAGCUGCUGGAGAUGUGUGAACUGAGCCAGGAGAAGAUGGGCACCAUAUUUGGAGACACUAACGUCUACAUGCUGCACAUGAUGUAUCAGGCCAUGGGCGUCUGUCUCUACAUGCAGGACUGGGACGGAGCCAUGAGCUACGGAGAGAAGAUCAUAAAGCCAUACAGUGUGCACUACCCGGCCUACUCUCUCAAUGUGGCGUCCAUGUAUCUGAAGCUGGGCCGCCUGUAUUUGGGGCUGGAGAAGAAGACACAAGGAAUCAAAGCGCUGAAGAAGGCGCUCGCCGUCAUGGAGGUGGCCCAUGGGAAAGAUCACCAUUAUGUUGCAGAAGUCAAAAGGGAAAUUGAGGAACAAAAAUAAAAAGAAAAGGCCAUCAAGAAAUAAGGAGAUGAAAGCACACACCCUGACUGCAUGGCAUGUGUCGUUUUUUUCUAUUGUCUUUCAUCCGCCUCUUAUGGAAGGAUUUUCUAUCAUCUCUUCAAAGUUUGGCUGAGAUGACGACAAGCACCUUCAUCAGCUGUCUUUUCACUGGCACGUUUAAAAUGAGAAGCGUUUCAAAAGGUUUGUUUUUUGGUCUGUUACGGGACAUUUCUUUGUCUCAAAUUCAAAAUCAUAACGAGAGGAUUUUGAUUUUGCCUUUACAAGAUGCAUUUUGGAUCGAAACACGCUUCUUGUCUUGACUGAACUUUAUGCACUGCAGAUUUUUCUUGUGAGUGAAAUCAUUGGCUGAAACAUGUUCAAACUGCAGCAGAUAUGUGAAUCUGUUAAUUACCAGGCAUCAGUGUUUCUUGCUCCUUUAGAUCCUUUUUUGAAAUGUGAACUAAAGACUGAUCACACAUCAUCAGGGGCUCUGUAGCAACAGAAGAGAAAAUGCAAACAACUGUUCCUAUGCCACUAAGUGAUUGGCUUGUGUCUGUCAUGUUUGACUGAAGUUAAAAAAAAGACGCAUGUUUUUUAGAUGUUUGUGUGUGUAUAUAUAUAUAUAUAUAUAUAUAUAUAUAUAUAUAUACAAUUAUUGACCAAAAUCACAGUGAGCUAUAAUGAAUUGUCUGUUUUGAGGGGACAUUCACCAAGCACAACAUUUGGUACACCUGCACUAGGUGAUGACAGGAAACACUUCCCAGGAUGUAUUGUUAAAUUAAUACCUCUUGGAACAUCCAUCCAUUUUCUGAGCCGCUUUUCCUCACUAGGGUCGCGGGCGUGCUGAAGCCUAUCCCAGCUAUCAUCGGGCAGGAGGCGGGGUACACCCCGAAAUGGUUGCCAGCCAAUCGCAGGGCACAUACAAACAAACAACCAUUCGCACUCACAGUCACACCUACGGGCAAUUUAGAGUCUCCAAUGCAUGUUUUUGGGAUGUGGGAGGAAACCGGAGUGCCCGGAGAAAACCACGCAGGCACGGGGAGAACAUGCAAACUCCACACAGAACUGUGAGGCUGACGCUCUAACCAGUCGCCCACCGUACCACCAUCUCUUGGAACAUGUCAAUCAAAACUGAGCUUAAUCUUUGUAGUUAGAAUUUCUGAUACUGUUUUUGGAUUUGUGCCUAAUGAAGUGUCUCUUGGGGCAAUAUUUACAGUAAUUUAGAUAUGUAAAAGUAUAUGCUGACCUCAGGCCAGCAAAACUAGCUGUUUUGGCUAGUUAAGCCACACUGAACAGUUUUUUUUUUCUCUCCCCCCUCUUCUUCUCUUCUCCCCCUCCCUCUAAAUAUUUAUGAAGCCAAACAUUCAACCAGGAUGUCAUUUUCUUAUAGUCAGAUAUCCUUUGCAUGCAUUUUAACAUUUGAAUCGUAAAUAAUGGACUGCAUCAAUUCCUUAAUGUUUGCACUCUUCUGAGAGAAACAAUUCAUAAAAUUGUGAAUAUAAUAGAACUAUUGGCUAGGAAUGGAAGCUCACAGUGGAAUUUAACUUUGAGUGAGUGCUUUUGCAAAUCGUUUUGUCAUAAUUUUUCUGGACCUGAUAUUAUGUGACAAAGAAUAUUUCACUUAUUUCUACAAGGCUUUAAAAUGCAGGAUUUAUUUUGCCCUCAAAUGUUGCUAAAACAAGGUGAUGUCAUUUUUGGCACACGAGAUUUUUUGAUGGAUAUUUUCUUCAUGCACUGCCAGCAUGUAUAUGUAGCCUUUCCAUUUUUUCUCUUACAAUUAUGGGUCCAGCUUAACUGUUGUCAAGAGGUGUAACAAUCAAAAGCAACUUCUGCACACAGGUGACAUCAACUCUGCUCUGUAAAGAUAUGUCAUGAUAUGAGGUGCCUGUCCUGUUGCUAAGCAGAAAUCACAUUCAAGGGCUGUCAGUCACUAAGCAACAUUGAGAUAGAUGCUCCUCGUUUCUAGUCAUGUCUUAAAAAAAGACUAAACGUGUGGCAUACAAAUUAACCCAUCCCAAUCAAUACAGUAUACUUUCUGCAUGAACAAAAAUAUGUUGAUUUCAUUUAACAAACUGCUUUGUCAGGCAUAAAUGUAUAGUAUUGUGGAAUGCACACAUACAAAACCUCUUUCUGUACUCUGUCAGUGAAUUCCAAUAAACAGCAGUAUGGCACUCA